AUGGUCCUGGAAGAUGUCACGCAAGCGAUCCCAGGCUUCCAUGGCCGUUGCUCUAGGUUGAAGAAUAGUAGUAAGGAGGUCAUUCGAAAUCGUGGAAUAAAUCCACUGGAGCACAGUCGCAUCAAGGGUCGACCAAAGUUUCAUUCAGUGUGUGAGUUUGAUGAGUCAAAGAGGAGUUGCAGGAGGAGAUUAGCAGGACAUAACAAGAGAAGAAGAAAGAGCUCUAAAGGUCAUUAUGCUAACACCAGAAACCCCUCUCAAGGAAAUUAUCGGCACUUAGCAGUAAAUGACGGACGUGCUCUCUCUCUUCUGUCAUCCAAGAAUAAUGAAUCAUCGAUAUCAAAGGGAAAUCUCCCUGCAAGAUGUAGUGGCACCAUCAGUGAGCUGAUUGGUGAAAGUAGAGGAGCUACUCUAGCUCAACAGCUUAUCCUUGACAACCAUUGGCACCAAAACCAGCAUCACCUGAUGGAGAAUUUGAGCAUCCAACCAAAAAAUCUGAAUCGCGAUCAUAUGUUCCUCGAGACACACGGUUGGGGACCUAUGAAUGAUGCUGCGGGAAAUUUGACAUUGAACCUCAUGCAUAUUGGAAAUUCUGAAUUCAGGUUGUUGUCGCAGCCUAAGGAAGAAAGACAAGAAGAAGAGGGGUGUCAAGAACGUUGGAACUCAUUUGCAGGAGCUCAUAUUUCUUGA